CACUUUCCUCCCGGUCGCGCCUCGGUCCCUGCCGCUCCGUGCUGACGUCACGCCGGGACCUCCUCGAUUUUCGUGGCCCACGCCAAGUGUCCACGCUGUGCUCGGCCCUCGCUGCCUCUGCGGGCUCGUGGGCUGCGAGGGCACCGACGGGCGAGAGGUGUCCACGCCACCCUUCGCUGUUGCUGAGAAGGCCCAACGCCAGGCAGAGCCCGCUCCCAGUGUUCAUCUGCAGGGAGCCCUCGGGAAGGUUCUAGACGAGAUCGUGGCUGUCCCUGUCCCCUGGGGGUUCAUGGGCUGCAGCAGCUCCGUCCCUGCUCAGUGGCCAGGCCCACCAUGCUGCAGUGCCGGCCAGCCCAGGAGUUCAGCCUCGGCCCCCGGGCCCUGAAGGACGCCCUGGUGUCCACAGACCCAGCCCUGCAGCAGCUCUACAUGUCUGCCUUCUCCCCGGCUGAGAGGCUCUUCCUGGCCGAGGCCUACAGUCCCCAGAGGACCCUGUUUUGCACCCCGUUCAUCCACACGGCAUUUGACUGGCUCCUCAGCCGCCCCGAAGCCCCCGAGGACUUUGCAACCUUCCACGCCGGCCUGCGGACCAGGCGGCGGGUCCCCGCUCGGAAGCACAUCUACCUACAGCCAAUCGAUCUGAGUGAGGGGCUGGUGCGCAGUGCCCUCCUGGCCUCCCUGCAGAGCUGCACGGAGGCCUUCUUCCUGGGACUACAGGUCAGGUGCCUGCCCUCCGUGCCCGCCGCGUCCAUCCGCUGCUCGUCGCGGCGCAGUCAGGACUCUGACAGGCUGCAGCUGCACACAGAGGGCAUCCUGGACUUCCUGAAGAAUAGCAAACCGGGAGACGCGCUCUGCGUGCUGGGCCUGACGCUGUCCGACCUGUACCCCUGCGAGGCCUGGAGCUUCACCUUUGGCACGUUCCUCCCGGGGCACGAGGUGGGUAUCUGCAGCUUUGCCCGGUUCUCGGGGGAGCUCCUGAAGGUGAGGCCCAGCGCCUUGGACCCGGCCGGGGCACAGGUGGUGGCAGACGAUCCCAAGACCACCCUGCGGGACGAAGGCCGGACCCUAUGCUUCAGCACCCUGGCGAUGGUCCAGUGCUGCAAGGUCACAUGCCACGAGCUCUGCCACCUACUCGGCCUGGGGAGCUGCCGCUGGCUACGCUGCCUCAUGCAGGGGGUGCUCAGCCUGGACGAGGCCCUGCGACGGCCCCUGGACCUGUGUCCCAUCUGCCUGCGGAAGCUGCAGCACAUCCUGGGCUUUAAGCUGGUGGAGAGGUACAAGAAAUUGCAUGCCUGGACACAAGCAGUGGCGGGGAUGCUGCCCGGCCAGCAGGCGGGGGAGCUGUCCGUGUCGGAGGACAGCUCGCCAAGCAGUGCGGACUCGGGCCUGUGCUGUGACAGCGACUCGGAGCCUGGCACCAGCCUGUCCGAGCCCCUCACUCCCAACGCAUGGACCCACACCUUCUCGGCAGAGCUGGAGCCCCAGGACGGGCUGGACUCCCUGGUGGCCUCGGAGGCCAUCGCAGAGCACAGCCGGUGGCUGGCGACGUGCAUCCAGGCCCUGGAGAGGGAGGUGACAGAGGAGGAGCUGGCACGGGUGGACAGAGCCGUGGACGCGCUGGCCCGCUGGGAGAUGUUCACAGGGAGGCUCCCGGCUGUGCGGCGGGACUUGGCCUGCAGCAGAAACGGUGCAGGGCUGCGGAAGGUGCUGGGGGACAAGCUGUCCUCCCUGAGGAAGAGGCUGAGCACGCGCCAAUUGUCCAGGGUGGACGCUUCUCCCUGUCGUUGGAAGGCCGAGGACAAUUAGCCCAGUGCUGUGUCCUGUGCAAUGUCUGCCUUUCCCUAGGACGCCAAUGCCUGUCACCAUCCAGUGACCUAGGGCGCUGUGGGUCCCCAGGGGUCACGGGGCGGUAUCUCUAGGGAAGCUGAGGAAAAUCUGUCUUCAGACGGCUCUCUUAGGCCCUGUGUCCUACUGACCACUUGCUCCCACACCCCAGCCCAGCCUGGACGUCAACAUGGGAGGAAGGAGGCAGGGGGCCGCGCUAUUGCCAACUUGGCUCCCAAGGCCCAUAGCUGGGGUCUCUCCUCGAGGGAAGUGGGGGCGUUGUUUCUACCUGCAAUGUCCCCCCACAAAGGGGUGCCUCCUGCCUGCUGACAGCAGUCUGGUCCUUAGGGACUUCACGUGGCGUCUCCGAGAAAGUUCUGGAUGGCCACCACCCACUGGAGGGUGUGCCACGGAACUCUGCCACUUCUUCUGACGGUGUUGCAGGUGGGAAGGUGGGCAGGGCACGGCCCUGCCUGCUGCAACUUGCUGGUGAAACAGGCAGUUGCCUCUUGGGACAGUGUCUGACAAAGGUGGCCUGGGAUCUGGCCAGUUAGUGUUCCUUAUGCCUCUGUCUGUCCUGAUUUCUUUUUGUUUCGUUCUAGCCGUUGUUCUCUUGGCAACUGACAGAACUAUGUUAGCCUCCCUUUAAUUUUUGUCAAAUUUUGCUGCCGUCAUUUGAAGCUUUUAUGUAUAUACAUUUGAUUGUUU